AUGGGCCUAUUGAGUGAAAUACAUAUCGGAAGUUUUAGCCGCGACGAUGCUAAAAGUACGCAUGCUGGAUCAAAUAUUUCACCACCAAGCAGUCAGGAUAUGAGAUCAUGGAUGUAUAUUGUGAGAAAGUGGGCAAGACGACAUGCGAAGCAUUUCAGUAUUGGCAUUGUUUCGGGACGUACACAAUUAGAAAGCAAUAUGAAAUUUUUGUUCCUGCUCUUUCUCCUGUUAUUGGCUGUUGCAGUGGUCCAAUCGUCUGCUCGGCGUGGAAGAGAUCGCGGGCGAAAAAACUACCACAAACAAAAGAACAGACCAACAAACAAUAACAGAAGACAUCCACAAGACAGGCCUACAAACCAAAAGUGUUCAAAUAAAGUAGAGUACGUUUGCGGCAAUGAUCGAAAAACGUAUCGAAAUUUCUGCGAAUUGAGGAAAGCUACGUGUACUAACACCUGUCUAAAGUUCGCGGCUUAUGGACGGUGUAUGGACAAUGGUCCCCGUGGGUGCGCUCGGUGCUCCUCGUCAUCGUAUUAUAAUUGGCCGUACACCAGAAAAGCAUAUGAAGUAUGUGGAACCGACGGUAUCACAUACACCAAGUGUGAAUUAUGUCGUCAGAAAUGUUUGACUGGUAACAGCAAUCUUGACGUGGACUACAAAGGGCGCUGUGUCUCACCAACUCAGUCUAAAGGUGUAACAACUCUUAGGCCUACUAUUAGGCCAACUACCACUACUACCAACACCACAACACCAUGUCGCACCAACUGUCCUUUGGAGGUUGAUACUGUAUGUGGAACUGAUGCCAUAACAUACCCAAGUCGGUGUGUCUUGUUUGCCGUCAAGUGUACCAAUAACCCACGCUUGGAAAUCGCUAAUGAAGGGCCGUGCCGUGGGGACACACAAAUCAACUGAUAUCACCAUAAAUAAAUCUGAUGUCACCAUAAAUAAAUCUGAUCAUAAAUAAAAUUAGAUUUAAAAUUACUUUGAAGAUAUAAUUAUAUACAUAAAAAAAGAUGCACAUGUUUUAAUGGUAAUAUGAUAAUGUUCUGGAUCUUACUGAGAAUUAUUAUUAAAUCACAUUUACUACCAAGUAACAGAGAGUCAAUAAAAAAAGAGGAAUAUGUUCAUUAGUUUAAUUUCAAUACAAACAGUUUAUUCAGCUUUGGUCAAAUAUCUAACACACAUAUUUGCAAUAGUAAGAACUGAUGUUACCUUUGUACAAGUUUUAAAUUAUCGUAUCAGAUGAAGUAUUAUAUCAAUAUUAAUAUAUCUGUUUGCUUAACAUAAAAAUAAAUAAUAUACAAAAUAAUAACUGAUAAAUAAUAAAUAAACAGGUUCCAUGUAUACAGUAUAUACAAGGAUAGAUUAAAUUAAUAUUUGGAAUAAAUUAUUUCAUCAAAGGAUAUGGAAUCAUUCAAAUUAUACUAAACAUUUUGUGACAUAUAUAAAAGAUUAUAGAAUAUCAAAAGCAUUCAGUUACACAAACUUAACAUGUAAAUGCCCUGAACCCCCUCUGAGAGGUUCUGAGCAAAUCUAGACUCCUGUCAGGGCAUUGUACAACACAGACAUCACUAUGGGUGCAUACUAUUGUAUAACACAUGGGUGUCAUAAUAAGAAAAGUUAUACUAUAACUUAAUAAAGGUUAUACCAUUGUAAGUCUCUGUCUGAGAAAAAAACUUUUGUAUUCCCAUAUAUAGCCACAAUGUGCCUAUAUAUGGUAAUGAUGUGAUGUCAUCAUGACCAUAUUUAGGCAUGUCACAUGUGUUUUUGAUAGUUUGGACAGGCAUCAAAAGAGACUGGCACUAUAACAUCAUUUUGCUGAACUUGACGUACCUAUUGAUUAGUUUAAGAUAUUCUUUAUAUUAAAAGGACAGAAGUUGGACGGAAUAGCUUUCACACACACAAUAGCUUACAACAGCUAGAAUUAUAAUCAAAUAUAUUUACAUUCAUUAUCAGGAACUUGUUCAAAAUAAAAUUAAUGAUUUUUGGCUAAUAAACUUUAUCAUGUAGUAACUUUGAUUAUCUGCAAAAUAUGAUGACAGGAAAUAAAAUGAGAAAUGAU